AUGAGGAAGACAAAAUAUUCCUGGGGAGCCUUCGUGGGAAGACGCAGCAAGUGGGAGAAUAUGGCCGGGGAAAACGCAAGGAUGCUGCCCAAGGCCGUGCAUGGGGAGAGAAAGAAUCAGGAAACGAAGAGGAGAGGGAAACUGAAAAUCAUGGCAGGCAAAUUGCUAAAAGCUGUGGCUAGUGGGAAAGAGGCAGCAGAGGAGAAGGCGGGCGGUGAGGAUGUGGCAGGGAAUUUGCUGAAGAUGGCAACCAGUAGGAAAGAAGCGGAGGGAGAGACACCUGCAGAGGAAACCAUCUGCGGAUUCAUUGAGCAAGGAAAGUUUUUUGAAGCUUGUGGUCGUAUUUAUGAUCUGGAGCAUUCUGGAAACCAUGGUGUGGGAAAGCCUGAAUCACUUUAUAUGCUACUGGCUGAACGAAUGUGGUCUGUGGUGGGAGAAGCUCUCAGUGGAAGUGGUAGGAUGUUCCUGGAGCUGUUGCAGUCAGUGGGGGAAUCGCUGAAGUGGGAGAAGCAGAAGGAAGUGGAGUGGCUUGGCAGCAGCCAAGAGACGGAGUCUGUUUCCACCUGGAGUCCAAACUUCUGGAGGAAAGAUCUGGAGGAAAAACUAAUACAGUACAUGAUGGCCCAGAUUCCCCCCUUUGGUUCCUCUAGUAACACAGAUGAGACUGCACUAAAACAGCAUCUGAGUCAGCUGGAAACGACGUUUCUCCCCAGCCUGGAGCACAGAAGUGGUUUCUUCAAGGAAGCAGGACUGCUCGUCACCUACGCCCGCUGCUGUCAUGCUUCUUUGUCGUCUCACCUUUCCACCCUUACUGACAGUAACCAUUUCAGCUUCAGUCAAUGUCUUUUAGUUUAUGAAUGGGGCCUUAAAAUGUACGAAAGAGGCAGCGAGACAUGUCUGAGACCCAGGCAGACCCCCCAGCACAGCCUUUCCCUUGGUGUACAGUGUCUCAUGUGGAUUAUUUUGAAGACUGAGGAAAAGUUACUUCUAGUCGCCCGGAAGGAAGUAGGGAAAGCCCUGAAAGAAGCCUUUGAUAUCGGGAAACCCCCUUGUGCAGAUGCUGCAGUCAUUCAGAUACUAACAGAGAAGACGGAGGCUGCCUGGCGCGUCAAUGAGAGCCUGAGAGAGAAGGUGGAAGCUGUGUGCCUGGAGGAGUGCCUGAGGUUCCUGGAGAGCUAUGAAAAUGAAGUAAGAAGCUUUCUCCAGCUCAGUGGUUGCCCUGGGAUCUGCAGCAGCUUACGAAUCCUGGAGAACUGCUGCAUUCUCAGGACUGUCUGGCAUAAGCUAACAUACAUUUGCAGUGCCAGCACUGGUCAGGAUGUUAAGGUAAAUGGAUUUCUAGACAGGAUGGAAGAUGAGAUUAUGGAGCAUUUUCUGCAGACAGUCACUUCUAAAGUCAAGGGAACACUGAAGGAGCACUUCAAAAAGUGUGACAGUGGUUUCAACCACAUCCUUGAAUCCUUAAAGCAAAGUUUUUUGGCAUUUGGGAAGAAAAAAACAGACACGUAUGAGGCCCUCGUCAAGGCUGUCAACGUCAUCAUUAUUACAGAAUAUGUGCAGGCCCUCCUGACCACUUCCAGGAAACCAUCUUCUGUGCAGAGGAGGAGGAUUGUCAGCAAGAUAGAAGAAGAUAAUAGGAUGCUGCAAACCAUCUUUAAAGAGUGCUUAGGUCCUGCAGCUGGUCCCCUUAAGGAUCCUAUAAAAGCAAUUUUAGAACUUAUUCAAACUUCUGAUGCUGAGGGGAUGAAAAUAGCCCUUCUGCCCAUUCUCAAAGAAUUUCCUGAUCUAAGGAAGGAACAUCUGAGUGCAGUGCUGGACAUCAAAGACUCGCUCAGCCGAGAGGACAGAGCUGCUGUCUUGAAGGCAUUUCACGAGAACUGCAGGGAAUCAGAACCAGAAGCAAACUUGCUUUUUGCAGAUAUAGAAGUAAACCCUAGAAAAUAUGGACUCUGUGGCUGCUUCUGCUGUUAG